AUGUCGAAACAAAUGUCGUCACCACACGAAGUUGCUGGAAGAGAUGUGACAACGAUAAGGAGUGGAAGGGAGGGGAGUGUAAUGCUUCAGUACCUGUUACUCACAAAGAGUAAUUAUGCAGCAUGGUCGAUAAGGAUGCGUGUUAACUUACAAGCACAGAGUGUGUGGGACGCCAUUGAGCAUGGUGAUGAAGUUGAAGAGCGUAAGGAUAAGAUGGCUCUUGCCGCCAUCCUAAACAGUCCCAGAGACGUUCUUCUCAUGUUGGCAGAGAAGGACUCGGUAAAGGCAGCAUGGGAGACGCAGCAAACAAUGCAUGUUGGUGUAGAACGUGUCAAGGAAGCAAAUGUGCAGACCUUGAAGAAGAGCGACGUGGUGGAGGAGAUCUCUGUCGUCAAAAAGUUCAUUCGAGUAGUUCCCCCAAUAUUCAUGCAGAUUGUUACCUCCAUCGAGCAGUUCGGUGACCUCAAGAACAUGUCGGUUGAGGAGGUCGUUGAGUGCCGCAACAAGGAGUGUGAUGAGGAGACAAACCUCAUGUUCUUGGAUGAUGAAGAGCCCACAUUGAUAUUGGCCGAGAAAAUGCCCAACCUGUUGAUGCUCAAUAAAGAGAAGGUUAUGGUGAACCCCUUCAUAAAUGGAGAAGACCAAGUGGAGACUAGCAUGUGGUACCUAGACAACAGAGCGAGCAAUCACAUGACCGGAGAUCGAACAAAAUUCAAGGAGCUUGAUGAGAAGUUCACUGGAAAUGUGAAGCUUUGCGACAGAUCAAUUGUACCGAUCCAAGGCAAAUGA